AUGUUGCAGGACAAGACACGUGAUGAAGCAUCAAGAGCACCUCAUCCUGUGACCACCAUCAUCUUCCCUCGCUCGCAACAUGAGCUCAGACACUCUUUCGAUUCCUCAUUCCCUCCCUCCAUUUCGCUAUGCUCCUUAAUCUCUCACAUGGACAACCUCCCCCCUGGCUCCUUCUUCGCUUUGCCCGGUGCCCUCGCUGAACCCUCGGGGCUCACCGCUGUCCCCCUUCUGCUGCCCAGCCUGCAACUGAACUCAGGGGCUUUCCAGUUUGAGGAGGAGAUGAUUUUGCCUGGGGUGGAUGAUGUACUGCCCACCACUUCAGAUCUCCACAUGAUCGACCCCAGUGACAUCAUUCCCCCUCCUCUGAGGUGUCCGCGGGUCCCCCGCAUAGUCCCCGCAUCUGACCGCUGUACGUGGUCCACUUCUUGCCCCACUGCAUCUCCCUCCAACCAGCCUGACGCCUCCACUGAUGCACGUCGAGACAAUGGCAUAUCGUCGGCUCCUGUCACCCUGGCAUGGGCUAGCCACCACUGCUCGGUCAAACCUGCGGAAGUGCGUCCGUCCAAGCGUGCUCAGAAAGGAAAGUUGUGGGCCCCUGCCACUGUGCCCUCUUUCCCCCUGGCUGUCAUUCCGCACUCCUCACCACGGCCCGGUGACCUUUCCCCUCCAUCACCUCCUGGUAGGGGGCUGUCACAGUAUUAA